AUGGUGGCCUCCCCACCAGGCAAGACACUGGCGGGUCUACGGAUAAGAAGAGAAGGAGUAGUGGUGUCAGCGGCAAGGCAAGGCGGUAACCGGAGUAGCGCCUCCGAAGCUAGUCUCCAAAGCUCCGGCUCGAAGCCAAACAAGGAGGCAGCUUCGGGUGCUCUGUCCAACCCACACAACAACUCGGCCGGUGAAUCUCUCCCCGGGCCUAAAUCAACCUUUCACGUCGGUGUCUGGGAAGACCGCAACCGAAAAUGCCGUCGUACCAUGGAAGACACUCACGCCUUCUUAUACAACUUCCUUGUUACACCACCCACAAAGGGCAAGGCAGACGCUGCCGACUCCGAUGAGGACGGCGCCGAGACUGACAAUGGCUACUUUGCUAUUUUCGACGGACACGCCGGAACUUUUGCCGCCGACUGGUGCGGUAAGAAGCUCCAUCUAAUCCUCGAAGAGAUUGUCCGCAAAAACCCGACGGCCCCCAUGCCCGAACUCUUGGACCAAACGUUUACUGCCGUAGACUCGCAGUUGGAAAAGCUACCACUGAAGAAUAGCGGCUGUACCGCUGCUAUCGCUGUCCUUCGUUGGGAGGAACGACCCCAGCCACCUCCUUCGGCCUCUUUAGUGGCCAAGCGGAUGUCUGCCGUGCCACCUGCCGGGGAUGGCCCCAAGGCAGACGAUACUAGUAACUCACGGCCCGACGGAACUGCUCCGGGAGAGGCCAAUAGCGCAAGGACCAAGGCCGCUUCGUCUCUAAGUAGAGUGUUAUAUACCGCCAACGUUGGCGAUGCCCGUAUCAUCCUCUGCCGCGCAGGCAAGGCACUCCGUCUUUCGUACGAUCACAAGGGAAGUGAUGAAAACGAAGGCCGGCGUAUCGCCAACGCUGGGGGUCUGAUACUCAAUAAUCGAGUCAACGGUGUGUUAGCCGUCACCCGUGCGCUCGGUGAUACGUAUAUCAAGGACCUGGUGACGGGCCAUCCGUAUACCACCGAGACAGUUAUACAGCCCGACGCAGAUGAGUUUAUCAUUAUUGCUUGCGAUGGUCUCUGGGACGUUUGCUCCGAUCAAGAAGCCGUGGAUCUCGUCCGCGAGAUCGAGGAUCCGAACGAAGCGGCCAAACUUUUAGUUCAGCAUGCCUUGAACCGAUUCAGCACAGACAACUUAUCCUACCCCGUGGGUCGCGACAGCGACGAGGCUGUGAACUCCUCGCCCGACAACGGCGGUGACAAUGCAGAGGAUGCCACGCCCACAGGUAGCUUUAAGCCGACCACUUUAGAAAGCACGGCGGAGGAGGAGCCCGGCGCGGUGGAGGAGGCAGAAGGCGAAGCUAAGCCCAAGGGUUAG